UUUACAUGUAUUCCAAGCUGAUAGGUUUUGCGUGCUUGGCCGUCAUUCGCAAAAGACUCAGACAAUGCGAGCCAAAGGACAUACAUCAGUUCAUACUGUUAGCGCCUGGUCCUAAAAAAAUGCCAAUCAUAGGAAACCUCUUCGAUAUUCCAUUAGUUGACAUGGCAAAAGUAUUCACAGAGUGGAAAAGCUUGUAUGGCGACAUCAUCUAUCUUCAGGCAUUGCAACGACGAAUCAUGAAAUCGUAUUCUGAUCGUCCGGUACCCAUAAUGCUGGGUGAGCUCAUGGGCCUUGGCCAAAGCUUUUCUUUACUUCGAUAUUGCGCUGCAUGGAAACAACAGAGGAAGCUUGCUCAUUUGGCUUUGAAUGCUGGCGCAAUCAAAGAAUAUAGCAAGUUGCAAACGGAGGCUGUCGUGUUAUUUCUAGACAGUCUCAUCGAGAACCCAAGCGACUUCAUAUCUCAGCUUCGGUUAGCUGCAGGCCGCAUUGUGCUGUCCAUGACAUAUGGAGUCAAAAGCCCAGAGACGAUGAAUUUUAUUGCUGAACUGGAGAUUAUGAUGGCCACCAUAGGUAAAGGAAUGAUGCCAGGCGCAUACGCUGUCGAUAUAUAUAUCCCUUCUUGGGUCUCCUUCAAUAACAUCCAUGCCAUUGCCACAGAAGGCCGCACGCACCUUCUUCGCGUUGUCGGACUACCCUUUGAAUAUGCGAAGCAACAAGUUUUAUCGCCUUCACCAACCGCAUCCUUCACUGCUACUUGUCUCCAGGUAGAAGGCGCUGCCGACAUGGAACAUCACAUACGGUGGGCUGCUGGUUCGAUGUACGGGGGUGAGUUGAAGUCUUUGACGAUGGAGCUUGAUCGCGUUGUUGGCCAUGGGCAACUCCCGACAUUAGAUGAUCGCUCCCGCUUACCUUACAUGAAUGCUGUCAUCAAAGAAACGAUGCGGUGGAAUCCAGUGGUUCCUCUGAGUCUUCCUCAUUUUACAAGCAAGGAAGACGUAUACCAAGGGCUCCGCGUGCCUAAGGGAACAAUUGUUUUUCCGAAUAUUUGGGCGAUGUCUAGGGACGACAUCAGCGGAAUUUCUCCCGACGAAUUUGCACCAGAGCGUUUUCUUGACGAUUGCCUUCGAAUCUCUACCUGUCUCACUUACAAGUUUAGACAGGGUAUGAUGAGGUUCCCUGAAUCGUUUCACGUUUGUAUACUUCCCCGCUCUGAGCAGCUCGCAGAAGAACUCCAAGGCAGAGCUAGGGAGAUGUCCAAGAAUGGUAGUGAGUGACGCGGCAACUUGUAGAGAGAGGAUGAGUAGAUCCGUGUAUCCUUAUCUUAUGAAUCAUGAUCUGUGAUAUACUAGUGUGUCCGUCGUGUC